UGGAUAAGACUCAUCCAUCACUGUGGGCACUCAAAGCUCCUGCCCGUUCCCAGCUGGAGACGGGCGGGCGUAGGACGCAAUCCGCGUCCGUUUCCGCUUCCAAAUCAUCGUACCGUCCACUCAGACAUUUCUGACUGUUUCCUACAAUCUUAUCAUCUCUGCAACUCAAACCACUCUCUCUCUCUCUCACGCUCACAUGGCAGACCAGAACUCAAAUCCCAACCCUCAAUCCUCCUCCAUGGACCCCAGAAGCGGCUUUGAUUCCACCACCAAGAUCUUCCACAGCAUCCGUCCGCCUGUACCUCUCCCACCCGAAACCCUCCCUCUCUCCACGACUGCUUACGUAUUGUCUCUCCUUCCAAAUCCUCUCCCUUCAAAUCCAGCUUUCAUAGACUCCACCACAUCCCUCUCCCUCUCCUACCCAGAUCUAAUCCACAGAGUCCAAACCCUAUCCUCCAAUCUCCAAUCCCUAUUCCCAACCCUCCACUCCAAACCCCACCACCAUCCAACGGCCUUCAUCCUCUCCCCUCCCUCCCUCCAUAUCCCCACCCUCUAUCUCUCCCUCCUCUCCCUCGGCAUCGUCGUCUCUCCUUCCAACCCCGCUUCCACCCCUUCCGAGAUCUCUCGCCAAAUCCAGCUCAGCCGCCCCGUCAUCGUCUUCGCCACAUCAUCCACCGCCUCCAAGCUUCCCUCCUCCUUCCCCCACCCCAUCAUCCAUCUCGAUUCCCCUCCAUUCCACUCACUGAUGACGACGACACCUGUCGCACCCUCCGCCGUCCGAUCGGUCGUGAACCAGUCCGAUCCGGCGGCGAUCCUCUACUCGUCGGGGACGACCGGAAAGUUUAAGGGGGUGGUGACGACGCACCGGAACUUCGUCGCGGUGAUCACGGCCAAUGCACGGCGGGACCCUGGAUCGGAGGUGGGGCCCACGGUGAUGUUGUUUUCGUUGCCGUUGUUUCAUGUGUACGGGUUCUUCAUGUGCUUGGGGAUGGUAGCGACGGGGGAGACGAUGGUGCUGAUGGAGAAAUUCGAGUUUGGAGCGAUGCUUCGGGCCAUCGAGACACACCGGGUGCAGUCCAUUCCGGUUGCGCCACCGCUGGUGGUGGCAAUGGCGAAGUCGGAGGAGGUGGCGAGGUACGAUCUGAGCUCACUGGAGAUGGUGGCGUGCGGCGGAGCUCCGCUUGGGAAGGAGGUGGUGGAGCGGUUCAAGGCCCGGUUCCCAAACGUGGAGAUUCUGCAGGGGUAUGGUUUGACUGAGUCAUCGGGUGGAGUAACAAGGACUUUGGGGCCGGAAGAGUGCCAGCGCUAUGGGUCUGUGGGGCGUCUUUCUGAGAACAUAGAAGCUAAGAUAGUUGAUCGUACAACUGGUGAGGCGUUGUCUCCUGGCCAACAAGGCGAGCUGUGGUUACGUGGACCAACAAUCAUGAAAGGUUAUGUAGAUGAUGAUGAGGCGACUGCCUCCACAUUAGAUUCUGAAGGCUGGUUAAAGACAGGUGAUCUCUGUUACAUAGACAAUGAAGGGUUUCUCUAUAUCAUUGACAGGUUAAAGGAACUGAUAAAGUUCAAGGCAUAUCAGGUUGCUCCUGCUGAACUGGAGCAAUUGCUUCAAUCCCAUCCAGCGAUCGCUGAUGCUGCUGUGAUUCCGUACCCUGAUGAAGAGGCAGGGCAGAUACCCAUGGCAUAUGUGGUGAGAAAACCUGGCAGCAUCCUCACUGAAAAACAAGUCAUGGAUUUCAUUGCAAAACAGGUUGCACCAUACAAGAAAAUACGCCGAGUAGCUUUCAUAAACUUGAUACCCAAAUCCGCUGCUGGAAAGAUCUUGAGGAGGGAGCUGGUCAGUCAUGCUCUUUUAAGCUCUUCUUCGAAAUUAUAAUUCGUUAUUUUCUUGAAGACAGAUCUAGCCAUAAGAACAAUCAAAUGCAUAUAUAGUUCUAGUCAUUUUUAUGAAGCUUGCAUGCAUACAAUUCUUCAUUCUUUUCCAGUUGCAGCUUGAAACCAACAGAAAUAAGAUGGGAGAGGUUUUUUUUUUUUUUUUUUUUUCCUUGUGCAUUUUAACUGUCCAUUUGAGGAAGCCACCUUCAUUGCAGUAUUUAAUCAGAUGAACGGCUUGGAUCACAGACACGGCAGAUGAAUGGAUAUGGUCUCGAUUAUGUAGUAAGCAAUCUACUAAAUGAAAACAGAUUUGGCCAGAUAA